UAAUGGAUUAUUAGGGUUUUUGCUGGUCCCUAAACCCCCCCCCCCACAAAACCCAAAGAGAGAGAGCUAGUCCUUCGUUACCUUGCAUCCAUUACCAGAUGGCGUUCUUCUCGAGCUUUCGACGCGUUCUGGGCGGAUCAUCUUCUUCAUCGCCGUUUCUUCAAUCCCAUCUGGCAUCGAUUCGUCACAGCUCAACCCUCACAUCCCCAAAACUGUUCAUUAGCGGUCUUUCAAGAUUAACGACAGACGAAAAGCUCAGGGAGGCAUUUUCUUCUUUUGGACAGAUUGUUGAUGCUAAAGUUAUUGCUGAUAGGGUCUCUGGAAGAUCAAAGGGGUUUGGUUUUGUUACAUAUACAUCCAUUGAAGAAGCUGAGAAGGCAAGAGAAGGAAUGAACGCAAAAUUCUUAGAUGGAUGGGUUAUUUUUGUUGAUCCUGCCAAACCAAGAGAGCCCAGACCUCCUCCUCAACCUCAGUCUGCAUCUUCUGAAACUGGUUUCACAUCGAACAAGACUAUUGGAUGGUGUGGAUGAUUUUGUAAGAUGCUUCAGUUAAUCUCAUUUUGAUGUAACCAUAGACUUAAAGGCUAUGUUAUCCCUAUUUAUUAAUUCAAAUAUAGGUGUCACAUUAAUGUAUUUGAAAGACUGAAUAUCAAUUUGGAACAGAGGGAAAAUCCAAUGAAUUUAUUGUGUUGGAAUAUCACCGGACUGAAGAAUCUGUUAUUUAUGUACUUGGUUUGAUUUGACUUCUUUUGGACCA